AUAUGUAACAAUCUUCUAACUCCUAACCUUUAAAAAUAGGCGCAGUGAUAUUUGAGCGUGGUGCGAUCCGUGCGAUCGUUUGAAAUCUAGUCUAGAGAAGGGAGAUGAGCGAUGCCGAGCUCCAAGAGGAGGAAAGAGAAGUGUUACUCUCGAUAUACGACGGCGAUCCAGCUUUCAAACAGUUGACACCCACAACAUUUCAAUACAAGUAUGGAGAAGAUAAUGAUAUGAAAUCAUUUUUACUCGAAAUUUCAUGGGGGGAGACAUAUCCUACAGAAAAACCGACCAUCAAUAUGAAUACAUUUUACAAUAAACAUAUUGUAGAAGAGGUAAAGGACAAGGUGGUGAGUCAUAUAGAGGCAGAGGCUGAGCAGUGGUUAGGUAGUGCUAUGACGUAUACGUUAUUUCAAUCUGUCCAAGAACAUUACGUAGACUUGGUGUGCACACAACCAGAUUCAAUCACUGAUAUAAAUUUGCAUACUAAUAAGCUGAAAAUUACAGAAGAUAAUCAACAGGCUGAGGAAACAACAAGAAAACCGAAGAAGGAACAUUUAAGUAAAGCUCAGAAGCGCAGACAGUGGAACAAAGCAGAUGGUAAAGGAGAAAGACAACGAGGAUGGAACUGGGUAGACAUAGUGAAACAUUUGUCACAGACUGGACCUAGAACAGAGGAAGAAUCAUAAUUUAAGACCAUAAUAUUUUGUACAGUAUAAAAGGCGUGUUAUAUUUUUAUAAAUUGUUGGAAAUAAAACCAUUUCCUUAUCUA